AUGUCACACAAUAUUCAUAGUUCCCGUUAUUCUGAUCUCCCAGACCUUCCGUUAAAACCUCCGACUUGGAUGUAUAAGAAAAAGUGUAAGCUAAUUCACUUCUCUUAUUCCCUAAGAAAUCCUACAUUUCAGCAGGGUUAUCAUGGCAUACAACCUUCUUUCAUUAUUGGAACGCUUCACUUGAAAUUUCCAAAUAGGAAACCGCUGAAAGCACGCAAGAUUGAAAUUUACUUCAAAGGGUCGAUGUCAAAAGCUAAUAAGAAAUUGUUCGAGAGUACGAGAAAUGAGCUGGAUGGAGAAAUCACGGAAUUGAACUUAACAUUCGAAUUCAAGAUCCCCAAGGAUUCGCCAUCUACAGUCAUACCCAUAAACUCUCUAAAAGCUCAAGGAGAGAUUUCUUAUUCUAUUCGGGCAGUGAUCACACAGAGACCAUUAAAAUUUUUAAAUAUGGAAAAACCUAGGUGUAAAAUGGUGGAAGUUCGAUGUCCUAUCACUCGGUGGUCGUUACCAAUUACUGCUACCGCUAGUCGCAACAAUUACGAGUCACUUAACGACACCUCACCAGUAAUGUUCACGAAAUCGAAUAAACAAGUUGAGGGUCAAAUAACAUUUGGCCAAUCCACAUUUCGGAAUGAGAGUUUGGUGAUGGUCCCUCUGAAACUUGUAUUUCAUCAUUCGAAUACGCAUAUACGCUCGUUCGCUUCAGGCAGACCACAUAUCAAAAAAAUCUGCAUGCAACUAAAAGAAUAUCAACGUUUAAAGGUAAAAGCGCGAUAUUAUAUGGAGAAACGAUCCCUGAUUUCAAGUGAAUUUCCUCCCUCUAAAUUAUCUUCCAUACCGGAUGCGCCUGACGAAUUUCAUAUGGAACUAAAACUAGAUACAAGUCUUGCUGAUUGCAAAUACCCGAUAAAUUCUGCUGCGCAAACGGAGAUGGUUGAUGUAUGGCAUAAAUUGAAAAUUAAGGUGUGCAUGAAUAAUGCCAAGGAUCUAACGUUUGAAAAAAAGAUCACAUUGGUCAAUGCGAUCUGCGAAGAAGAGGCCAAACGGAUCGUGUUUGGGUGGCCAUCAUUAGAUCCUGAGUGGAGGUAUGAGGAUUUGACAUUGGAAUGA